AUGAAUCUUGGUUUUAUUCUGAUCGUCUCCUUCGUUAUUGGAUCAGUCAUUGCUGCCCCAUUGCACGUUGAGUACGUGUUGGCUCCAGUGCCAUUGAAGCAAAAGACUGACGACAAAUCCAAGCUCAUCGCCAUUGUCCCACUCAACACCUCCACCAUUGUGAUCAAGUUCGACAAACCAUUCUUGGCUGAAAUCGAGAAGACGUCGGAAUUCUCUGCAAACUUCGAUCAAGCGCUCGUCGGAAAGGAGUCUCCAAUUGUCAAGUUGCUCACGAAGCCAGGAUCUCUGGAAAAACCAGUCGUCGUGAAUAUCAAGGACACAAAGAAUGGGGAUUCGGUGAAGGUGAUGAUCACCAAGGAGGCAGGAGCUCAAUAA